ACAAAAAAAUGGAUAUGGAAAUUUUAUUUAAUUUUUUUAAUUCACUUGUUAUUGAAGGAGGAGAGUCGGUUUAGACGGCUUCGGCGGCAGCAAAACCGGCGACUAAUUUUUCUCAGGCUGGGAGAGCGCAGUGGAGAGAGCACGAACAGGUGGGGCCAGUGACGAGCGGUGAUUGGUCCAUUUUCACCAACUUCACCCAACUGAUACACCCACAACCACACCAGUGAGACGGGGAGAGAGACGCCAACAUGGCUGAACAGCUAAGCAGUGAAGUAACUUCAGGAGGACUUUUUCAGGAAAUUUUCACUUCCCCGCUGAAUCUCACCCUGCUAAGCCUCUGCUUGUUCUUGUUGUACAAGAUCUUCCGCGGGGACAGGCCGCAGCCGCCGGGCGAGAUGGAGGAGCCAUUGCCCAAAAUGAAAAAGAGGGAUUUCACGCUGGCAGACUUAAAGCCUUACGACGGGUUGCAGUGUCCGCGGAUUCUAAUGGCCGUUAACGGGAAAGUAUUCGAUGUGACCAGAGGCAAGAAGUUCUACGGACCAGAGGGGCCGUACGGGGUGUUUGCAGGCCGAGACGCAUCCAGAGGUUUGGCCACCUUCUGCCUGGACAAGGAGGCCCUGAAGGACGAAUACGACGACCUGUCGGACCUGAACUCCAUGCAGCAGGAGAGCUUGUCUGAGUGGGAGUCUCAGUUCACGGUUAAGUACGACUACAUCGGCAAGCUUCUGAAACCAGGAGAGGAACCGACUGAAUACACCGACGACGAGGAGGGAAAAGACAAGAAGACAGAGUAAAGGACAAAGUGACACGGAGGGAGCAGCGAGAGAUGCCUUACCGUCUGUAAUCUGAGACGCCUCCAGUCCGCUUGUCGGGGGCUUUUCCAUUUUUCGCCACACAUCCUGCAACUUUUGGACCAAUCACAGAAUUGAAAUUUAUUCUUUGUGUAUUUUUCUUGAGGGCAUUAGCGGUUAAAUGUCGUGCAGUCUGAAGUUGAGUUGUGUAGUUCAGAGGGACGGAGGAGUAAACGUCGAUCCUUGUCGCCUGUUCCUGAAAUGUAUCAAAGCUGCGGACGUGCUCAGAUUGACUGGCUGUAUGAUGAUGUGCAGGGGAAUCAAUCUAGUCAAACACCUCUCAAAGUUUGAAUGUCCUUUAGGAUUCUGGGGAAAUAAAACGCACAGUCUGCUCAAACCCAUGUGUUUUUAUCUAUCUCAGACAAACUAAGCAGAAUUAUUCACAAUAAGAAGCUUUAAGAGGCUGUUUGGAUCAUUCCAGUUUGCAGUCUAGAUUUCUGAUUGGAGCCUUUUAAAGAGAGUCUGUAAAUACGUUUCCACAAUUAAACCGUGUAAUAAAUAACUCAAAUUACAGGUUUUUAAUACAGUGAUAAUCUGGAUUUUUUUUUUUUUUUGGUUGUUGUAUAUGUUCUAAUUGCUGCACUAUCUGAACUGAAGCUGUUCAUUCAGAGAGUAUCAUAAGCGGCUCUUUUCUUCAAGGCUCUAAUAUAUCAGGAUUUGCUGCUGUUUACUCCACAAUGUCUUUUAUAAUGUGAAACAUGUUCAAAUGCAAACCCUUGGUUUCUUUUUAACGUUUAGCACUAAACGGGUCGUACGUCCUGAUAAAAUUAAAUCCUUUAAUUUUCAGGAUUUCUAAUAACAGAACUACUGUUUUAAUUACCGAACUCUAAAGAUUAAACUCAUUUUACCUGACUGCUCUGCUGAGGUUUUUUUUGUUUUGUUUGUUUGUUUAACACUAAAAUUAGGAUCUUGACAUGGCCUCAAACGGAUCUACAACCAGCCAGGUCUGCUGUUUUUAUCUCCAGCUAAGCAACAUGAAACUAUGAAUUAACUCCCCUAUUUACCGACAUCAUUAAAGACAAGCUUCCUCGAUUAGACCGCAACAUCUAUAAGCUAAAGCAGCAACAUGUAAAGCGUAAACCUGAGGUGUAUUUUUCAGACUUAAGACAGCUGUUUCGCUCAUUUUUCUUCAUGCCUUUUAAUUUGCUAUGAAAUGAAGGAAUAUUUUUGAAUGUGUAUGUAAACAAUACUUAGGUCACACUGUCAUAAUCUUUGAAUGAUAUUUUGAUUUAAUAAAGAAAAGUACAAAAAGAG